AUGACAUUAUGGGGCAGCGUUCUCAAGGACGCAUGUCUCAACUUCUACUAUGGUCAUGGCAAAAAGGCCCUCAAGUUGACUGAAGAAUUUCAAAAAAAGAUGCCCAUCAAUGCUCUUGUUCUCGUAGGCGCAGUUGGUAUUCUAUCUGGGUUCCGCGAUACAGGCACAGACAAAGUCCCUGACCUGUCCACUGAUAAAUGCAGGUCCGAUUUCGACUCCCUACAAAAGUCGGUGGACAAAGUAAUGGAUGUCCCCGAGCAUCGUCAGGAACUGGAAAAUAUGCUAGAGGAAUGGGCUGAUGUGGGGAUGAUGGGUAGCAACGAUGUCAACAUCAUCUUAUAG